UCAGACCAGCCCUCAGACAGUAUCUUAGAUCAUAGUAACGACAUUUCUAACUUGGUAGUCUGUCGAGAAGUAAUAAUCUUAAAUUAUUUGAUUGUUUUGUCAAUUGCCUGAAUUAUUACUCCAUGUAUCUAUGCGUAAUUCUGGUCUCUACACUUUCGUACCAAAUCCACUUAAAUGAAGGCUAAUAUUACUAAUUAUUUAUGGACAAUAUGGUGCGGAAUUUCAUUUCAUGAUCUCAUGCUGUAUUACGACUCAACCUGUAGGUGUAAUUUAAACUAAACUGCUCGCUAAGGAAUCUUGUUACUCGAAAAACACUUACCACUGUUUUAUAGUUGUCGAUAACUAUUGAAAUUUGUACUUAUGUUGCUAUUUCGAUUUUUCCUUGAUCUGUAGUUGAGUCUGUACUACAUAUUACGUCGUGACGUUCGAAAAUGUUACUUCAAGUUUUAAUUAAAGGUGCUCUGCGAUACAACCGAUCUCCUGUCUCAAACUUAUGUCGUCAUUAUGCAGCUCAUGUACAGCGUCCGGCUCCUGACUUUUGUGGAACGGCAGUGGUGGAUGGCCAAUUUAAAGAAAUAAAACUGAGAGAUUAUGCUGGCAAAUACUUAGUUCUCUUUUUCUAUCCUCUGGAUUUUACUUUUGUGUGUCCAACUGAGUUAACUGCAUUUUCUGAUCGAAUUGAUGAGUUCAAAAAUGAAGGAGUUGAAGUCGUUGGCGUUUCAACUGAUUCACAUUUCAGUCAUCUCGCUUGGAUAAAUACUCCACGUAAAGAAGGUGGUUUAGGCUGUCUACGCUAUCCACUCUUGGCAGACUAUCAAAAACAAAUUACGCGUGAUUAUGGGGUCCUUCAAGAAGAGUUAGGUGUUGCCCUUCGCGGCUUAUUUAUAAUUAAUCCUGAUGGUAUAGUCCGCCAGAUUACUAUUAACGAUCUUCCUGUUGGAAGAUCUGUUGACGAAGUUUUGAGAUUGGUUAGAGCCUUCCAGUUUACAGAUAAACAUGGUGAAGUUUGCCCAGCAGGUUGGCAACCAAAAGGUCCAACAAUAAAGCCAGAUCUGAAAAAGUACAAGGAGUAUUUUCAUAAGGUUAAUUAAAUGUUUCAUUGUUCCCUGUGAAGUCAAAUUAAAACCUGAUACAGACAUGUAUUAAUACACGUCGGUUCAUAUUCAGAAUAUUAUACAUAGUACACUGGUAUUCAUUAUGUAGCAACAGUGUUUAUGAACUCAUUUUCUGUUUUCUGUAAUUUUCUUGAUUAUAUCAAAUACAAAUAUUAAGAAGCACCAGUUUUUAAAUUUAUGAUACUGCACAGCAAAUAAAUAUUUUAGCGUCAUCUCAUAAGAUUGUUUGAAAAAGAAAUAUUGAUGAGGAAAAGGUUGAUCUUAAGUGAGUGAGAUAUUAAAAUGUAACUGGAAUUAUCUCUGUCACAAUAAUUUCUUAUGCAUAAAAUAUCUUGUGGCACUGUUGAACCUUUAAAACUGUUGUGUGUUUUAUAAACAGGGAUAGAUGGUGGUUAGCAGUGAAAUCUAGAACGCAGGUUCCAUCCUAUUCGGGGCUCGUGAGCUGGAUGUACUUGCAUCCCAGAGUCGAUGUUCACUCCAGGACUCGAACCCAGUACCAUUCUCUUCAGACACCAUCGCGUUAUCCAUAUGGUUGUUGUAUGUUUUGUAUUAUUUAGUUUAUAUACGAUUAAGAGCAACUAAGGCUCGUUAGAUAAAAUGCCUCAGAAUCGGUCACAAUGGCACAAGUGUAUUCACUUUUUUUCCUCCCUUAGAUCUUUAGUUUUAACAUUGUCCUGUACUUUUCAGCCCUCGAAAUAAUUUUCAUCAGAUCAUAUUUAUCAAUGUCUAAUCUUCUUUGGUAUCGCUAAUGCUGCUACCACUUCUUCUAUGAUUGGAUUCUUGUCAGCAGUUUUAUUUCAG